ACAUGCACUCGACCGAGAAAAAUCACAGAUAAUGAAAGAGAAGGAUCGCCAGAAUAACCUAUAUCGUACUAUCGAGGGUGAUGUUCAUAAGAUGGAGAAAGACGAAUGGGAUCUUCAGAACAAGAUCAAGGAAAGGGAGGAUACUCGGAGGCGAGUCGAGUCUACGAAAGAAAGCAUUGAGACGUUCAAUAAAAGAGUCAAGGAUGCCGACGCUCAACUAGCGGAAGCUCAGGGGCCCAUCGACGCUCUCGAAGCAGACUUCAAGACCACUGAACAGGCUCUGAACGCUCAAAUCACAGAAGCCCAGAGUAAUGUGCAAGCAUCCAACCAGAGCAACGAUAGACUGGAGAGCAUUCACAAGGAUGUCGAAAGGUAUGUCAUGCAAAGGAGAGCUCAGAAACUCGCAGAGAACGAGAGGAGGAGCGAACAGGCCGACCUGGAGAUCAAAGAGUGCAUGGACAGCUUGCAGAAAUGUCGCGACGCGAUCACCCAACUUGAUCGGGAAAUCGGUGGUGGGGAUGCCAAGAGGGCGAACCUGCAGGAGAACAUACGCAUAAGACAGCUAGCGCGUCAGGUCAAGGAUAUCCAGGAUAAGAUCGAUAGCCUCGAUUUGGAGGCGGCUGCGAGAGCACGGAGGAAUUUCGAGGAAAAGUAUGGACCUGAGAAGGAGAAGGAGCAGAAAUUGCAAGCGUCGUACUCUCAUAUUGCUGGAGAGUUGAGUUCGCUGAGAGCUCAGCUGAAGCAAUCGGAGAAGGAUAUGAAGGAGUUCAAGGAGAUUGACACCAGAUAUACCGAUCAGUUAGUCAAAGUGAAGAUGUCGGAUGUAGCUAACAACGACUUGGAGUUGUAUGCCAAGGCUCUGGACAACGCGAUCAUGAAGUACCACGGUCUGAAGAUGGAAGAAGUCAAUGACACGAUGAGGCACCUGUGGAAUAGGACGUACCAGGGAACUGAUAUCGACGGUAUCAAGAUCCGCUCGGACGUCGAGGGUGGCGCUUCAAAACGCUCGUACAAUUAUCGCGUGGUGAUGACGAAAGACCAAGUAGAGAUGGACAUGCGUGGUCGCUGCUCGGCCGGCCAAAAGAUGCUGGCAUCGAUCAUCAUCCGUUUGGCGCUCUCCGAUUCCUUUGGGCAGAAUUGUGGUAUUCUGGCUUUGGACGAGCCGACGAAUGCUCUGGAUAGGGAGAAUAUCGAUGCGCUGGCUGAUAGUCUCGUGGACAUCAUCAAUGAGCGGAAGCAUCAGUCAAACUUCCAGCUUAUUAUCAUUACGCAUGAUGAGACAUUCCUUGCGAAGCUCGGGCAGAAUAAUAUUAUGCAACAUUAUUGGCGCGUCUCUCGAGACGCACGACAGAAAUCCAUAAUUGAACGGCAGAAUUUCUCAAAUUCAUGAUCUUUCUUUCUUUUGAUUACAUUAUGUUUCAUCGUAGCCAUUGUACCACUAACCAAAUGAUUAUCGCGCAUCUGUUGUAG